UGGGGAAGAGGAUCUUAGCAAGUUCGAGUAUCUGCUUGAAAAAUUCGGCGUUGACCCCAGGGGACGUCUUGGUGGGAUCCGGAACAUCUCUGCGCGAUUUUAACGAACACGCAGAGCCGUUUUGAGCCGGUUUAUUUUUGCACACUUGCCUGCAGAGGACAGGGUACAGCGUUUUGACGCCGUAGGCAGCAGCCGCCAGAAACACGGCUCGCUUGGCUACAGCCCUGCGGUCCCAUUUCACUUUGGACGCCGCAUCAAGGAUGGUCGACAUUUUUAAGACGUUAUGCUGCCCCCGCCAACACCCAUCCCCUAAACCUGACUCACUGCGUCGACAUGAGAAGACAGACGGACCUUGAACGGCCGUGUUGUUUGUCGACUAUAGUCUGCCUUGUUUGCUGUCUAAAAUGAACUGGGUUGGCGGGUCAAGGAGCCGGCUUAUUAUGAAGAACGAUACAAAAAAGCAGCGUGAGUUCUUUGAAAAGAGGAAAAUGCAAAAUAAAGUGAAACGUGAAAAGUGUACGUCAUCAUCCUCCCAAAGUGUCACUUUUGGCAGUAUGGACCUGUUGACAAUGUUUGUUGUCAACCAGAUUUCUGCAAAAAAAGAACAUACAGAUCCUCCUCCAGUAUCAGUGCUGAGCGCCAAAGGAAGAGGGAAGAAGCGGGGAAUGGAACCCUUAGUGCUACCUAUGAGCCCCUGUUCUCCAUCACAGCUGAGUCUUGUUGACAGCCAACCUUUAUACAGCAUUCAAGGACAAAGGAGAGGACAUAUUGUUCCACAAGCUUUUAAGAUUCGGCAGUUGUCACCUGUUCUGGAGUCAGCCAACUCAGACAACAGUGCGUCAGCAUACCUGCCGCCAAUAGUGGAUCCUGUGAGCCCCUUCUCGUCCUCAUCCUCCUCCUCAGGAGGCCAAGGUGGUGUAGCUUAUAAAAUAGAGAAAAUUGAAUGCUUUGUGAAUUUAUGGAUACUUUUAGGAAGAUUCUCCCUGCAGUUGCAAGCACAGCCAUCGUCUCAGUGGCCGCCUUCGCCUUGGGACACAUCGGGGCAGGAUCACAACACGUUUCAGCCUUACUUUCAACCCAGGCCGAUGAUAGAGGGCAUCACCUGGUCUUCUGCUUCUAACCUGGCCCCACCCCCAACUGCAAAACGAUUCGUGGCCAGUAGACACUCAAGAAGUGAAGUCACGCAUGUACACCAAGAACAGGAACCCAUGCUGGACUUCACUCUGAGCCAGACGAGAAAGGAGCAGCACUUUGAAGAGGACGUCUUUAUGGGCUUCAGCAAUGAAGAAUAUGAUGCUCUUUUUGGGAGUGAAAAAACAAAGAUACAUCUCAAAGACGAACCAGCAGGUCAAGCUUCAACACCACAAACUGUCCCUGAACCACAGGUCAUUGGUGUGCAGCUGCCCAACUGCAGCAACAUGCACUUUGCAUGUCCCGACUACCCAAUGAAUGGCUAUUCACCAAGCUCCUCUUGUAGAAGGGGUUGCCUGAGUUCAAACUCCAGUGAUUGUGAAGAAUGCCAGCAGCCAUUGGAUCAAGCCUGUUGUUCAGACACUACUCCAUGCAUAAAUCAACAACAGAACUGGGACUGUCAAACUAUGGCGAAGAAUGACAGCAUAAGAAAUGUCAACACAUCUCCAUAUGCGUCUCCUCACGUGCAAGCUCCAACCGAGAGCUCAGAAAUGUGCACAUUGAAGAAAACACACAGGGAAAUGCGAGAAGCAGAAACCCAAACCACCCAUGAGAUGUGUGAUGCUGCGACUCAGUGCAGUCCAUCGUCAGAGUCCUUACGCCUGUCACCUGUUGAUGUGUCACGUCAGCAGGCGUCCACUAGGGGGCAGACUGGCUCCACAGAUGCUCCAAUAGCUAUCAAUGGAGGAACCAAGAUCAGGAAUUCUCCUACAAACAGAAGUAGCAACAAAUUAAGGCUUUUCCAAGACAUGAUGAAGCGAAUCAACCGCAAAGAAGUGCAGCAGAAUGAGGUCAGAGGGCAACAAGACACCAGUAGACUCUCAGAGGAGGCUGAAACGCUUGAGGAAAUAGCCAACAUUUUGCUCCUGCUCAAGCAGAGAAAGGAGGAGGAAUGAUGACGAUAAAGAGGACAUACCUGUUCCAUGUUGUCCUGACUGAAUGGUAUUAGCCUCCUGUUGGUGAAAUAAAAACUCCAAAGCGUUA